UUAUCUACAAUGUGCAGGGUCAACUGCUCAUCGCACCCUACAGAGAUCCAGGCGUACGGCGAUGUCGCAGGCAUUGGCGUUAUGCUUGCCUUCGUUAUUACAGCGUGGAUAGUCGUCUUCAUGCUUAUAGUGUACUAUUUAGUUGCUUACAACCCUGAAUUAGACCCUUUUAGGAAGGAGGACGAGCAAACCACUUGUCGAUACCCAAACCCUGUCGAUUUCAUAGUUCUGCGAUUUGUUCGGCACUUACCAGGGUUACGUAACAUACAAGAGUCCCAUUUGCUUCAAUCUAACCGCCUGGAAUCCGCGCUCAACAAUUGCGUUAUUACCCUUUCGGACAUCCAAAUCUUCACGGGCAUAUCUAUCCUCAUAAGUGGCUAUAUUGCUUUGAAAUGCGGCUUAUCGUCCUAUCAUUGGCAGUUAAUCGUCUACUUGGCCUGGCUUGCCAACGUAACUCAUCUUGCAACCCUUUCCUUUCUUCGCAACUACCUCAUGAACAGACCUUAUAAGCGGCUAUGGCGCCUCGUUUUCAUGUUUUGUACGCUGAUUCUCCUCUCUGUCGCCGUCGGCUUGACUGGUCACUUUGAAUGGGAAAGUGGCUCGCAGAAACCGGCGGACUUUGCUUACUGCUACUUUGGAAUGCCAUUAGAUACAAAGACGGUUGCCUUUGAAUCAAUGUUGAAGAUGGUAUUGCUCAUUGCGUAUGGAUUCUUUAUACGCAUAGCGAAAAUGUCGAGGACAUUCGAGAGAUGGUUACGUAAGAUGGGCGCGACAUGGAGGACAAAAUCGACUAAGCGACAACGCGGUGAUAGCCGGGGUACUCCUGCAUGGAAUCCCCUAACAGGGAAGGGAGUAGGACGUCUGAAGAUAAUUCUUGUCGCCCCCCUUCUCGUCGCAUUCUUUACCCUAGUUAAUGUUCACCUCGAUCUAUUUACAUCAUUCCUGGCAGAGGUCUAUUGGGUAACCUUCGCGCUCAUAUGGGGUACAAAACGACUUUUUUAUAAUCGGAAACUAGGACCCGGGGAGGAAAAUGAGUGGACCUUCGGCCAAACCCUACCUUUGGUCCUACUUAUAGCACCUUUGGCAGCUAUUGUUGAGCAAUUUUCUUCUUCUUCUUCAAAACCCACAAAAUCCACAGAAAGAGAGGGGCGAAUGCGAAGUCGUAUAGACGCUGGCUGGUCCAGCUGGUCAGAGGUUGAAGAUGUUGGAGACGAUGCUAUGAUUGGUAUUGAUCGCACGUAUGUCUAUUCAAUUUCCUACCAAGGUCUGGUUUUUCUGGCAGCGCUUUCCUACAUAGAAGCCGGCGUCUUCUUCGUUGUUGAUGAUCUUAAAGGUAUUUCCCAGCCUUUCCAGUCCUUUGCGUUUUCAUUUUUCGUGUUCAAUUCGACACUACAAGUCUUUUGGAUACUCUGUACACUGUGGAUCUCUAUAAUGGAUUGGAGCAAUCCAUUACAACGGUCAGCUCGUGCUAUUCUCCUUCUUUCCCUGGCGGCCACGUCAAUAAUUGAGUUUCUUGCGUCUCCUGUAAGGGAUCAUGGAUUCACCCUAUGGAUGGCAUCGUAUGCUAUGCUGAACUUUCUGUUUGCUUAUACGAUUCUGCUUAUUACCUACAUGGCAAACAGCCUUCUCCGAAACUCCCCACAGAGGGCCUUUAGAGCAUUUCCGGCGCUGAUCCCACUAUCAGCAAUUCCUUAUGCGAUGAUAGACCAGGAAGGACUCUUAGCUGGAGAGUUCACGUGGCCCUGGGUCCUAGGUUGUUGUAUAUCGCUAGUUUGGUUUUGUGUCGAACAGUACAUGGAAAGAAAAGAUUGGGCUCCAACAAGGGCUAUUUGCAUCAGGUGUCUACUCUCCUCUUUUAUCUUAGUCCCCAUAGUAAUGUCAUACUAUGUGGAGAUUACACCGGGCGGAUAUAUAGCAAGUGCUCGGCUCUUCACAUGUUGGAUACUUAUUAUGGGAGGUGUGUUAUUGUUUAUGGGCGUAUCCUUUGCUCAAUAUAGAAAUAUUUAUUCAUAG